AUGUACCAUCUGCAGAAAGUCAAAGUGUUCAUCGGUCCUUACUGUGAUGCAGAAAUGGACGCUGUUGCACGAAUGGCAGCUUUCUGGAACAUACCAGUCAUCGGCUACAUGGCAGCUUCGAAUUCAUUGUCGGAUAAGAAGGCAUACCCAACACUGGCUAGGGUCUCGCUACGGACUACGAGCUCGUUAGCAGAAGCCACCUGUGCACUACUACGUCACUACGGAUGGAUCAAGGUAGCAAUCGUUACUAACACUGGCACCUUGGCAUAUGAUCGCACGACUGCUUUCGAGGAAGUUUUUCAUGCACGGCAAAUCAAAGUGAUCAAAAAGGUAUUGCUAUUUUUGCGUCUAAGGACACAGAUGAGCAAACCAACGAUAUUGGGCGAGCCGUAUCUUCAGACAACCACCUGGGCCAAUAACCAAGGGUGA